CAGCUGCUGUGUCACCCCUCCUCCACCUCCUCCACCUCCCCCCUCCUCCUCUUCGCAUGAUCUUUGAAGGGAGAAAUGAAAAAAUAACGGAGAGUCAGAGUUGCACGCACGGAGAAGGGCGUCGUAUGUUUUUGUAGCCACACGCACAGACGGAGCUCAGAGAGGAGGAAGACAGGAGGAGGAGAGGAAAAGAGGAGGAGGUCGAGCCAUAAAAGCGUCAAAACAGGAAAAGAAAUCGCUGCAACGAGGGAGACGAGACCCAGUGGGGUGCCCUUUUUCACUCCGCAUCGGCAGCGCUGGAACGGGAUGGGCCGCGGCCGGGCUGGAGGACAGUGGGACCGGCUGUGUCGAGGCGGGGCUCCGCCGUGAAGACUCCCCGGUGCUGAUUGAAAAACAGCGAACAAAGGCUCCGCGCGCAGCGGGAAAAAACAACACUGCGAUGCCGUUUGACGACCGGAUCAGCGCCUCAUCCGCAACGAGCAUCUAGAGCCCCGCUGCAGGCAGGCGAUGGGAUGAAAAUGCGACGCCACAGAGUAUUCUUGCUUUGCACCGUGGGGCUAUGUGUCAUCUCCUUCCUCCACUACUACAAAGCCCUGCACUACGUCUCUCUGCUACGAGAGCUUUCAGCUCCGUACCCAAACAUCAAGUCCUUCAUCAUGGUGUCUGGCUUCUUCUGGAGGGAGAGGGCCACCCCGCUGACCAGCGCCCCCCCGGAGCAAGGGCCUCCGCCAGCCCUGAGGCCAUCUGAUACAAGGUCCCAUGCUGGGGGUGGGGUUGGAAGAAUAGGAGGAGAACCAGAACUCAAAAUGGCAGUGCAACCUAAAGCACCAAAGCCGUGGGUACAACCUGAAGAACCACAACACAACGAUGUAUAUCCCGCUGAGAAAGAAAAUGUGAAGCUGAUGGUGUGGCAUCCCAGUAGCCCAGCCCGCCAGAAACCAGACUUUGAGAGACAGAACCUUCCCAGCAUGGCAGUGAAACUGAAACCUAAGCAAGUCUCCACUUCAGACUCCAUCAGUUUACUGGGCGACUUACAUAAGCGCACUUUCACCCUCCAGGAGGAUAACACACAGUACUUUGUCAGCACCAAAGCUGGAGCCCGGUGCUUCCGGCAGGGAACGGAGGUGGCACCACCAAGGGAUGAAGCUGGGACAGGGAAAAGCAGACCAACAAUGUCAGGGGCACUCCAGCGGAAAAUCUUGCAAGCUUCUGAGGACUUGAACACUGGAGGAAAAGCAGUGGAGGAGUUAAGUGCACUGAGGGCGAAGCCCAAGCGGGGGAAACGGCUAGUGAAAUGUGUGUGCCGGCCAGGUUGGCACGGUCCAUACUGUGGCGUGCCCACCAUGGUAUACCACUCCAACCUGCCCACCAAAGAGAGGCUGAUCCCUCGUGAGAAAUUGCGUCGAGUCAUCAACGCCAUUAAUGUCAAUCAUGAAUUUGAUCUGCUGCAUGUUCGCUUCCAUGAGCUGGCCAAUGCCGUUGAUCUCUUCAUGGUGUGCGAGUCUAACUUCACAGCGUACGGCGAGAGACGACCGCUGAGCUUUCUGCACCAGCUACUUAACGGUACCUACGACUAUGUACGGCACAAGAUCCUCUACGUGUUCCUGGACCACUUUCCUGAGGGUGGGCGGCAGGAUGGCUGGAUCGCUGAUGACUACCUGCGUACAUUUCUCACACGAGACGGAAUGUCCCGGAUACGGGGCCUGCACCCAGACGAUGUCUUCCUCAUCAAUGAUGCUGACGAGAUCCCGGCCCAGGAGGGUGUCCUCUUCCUCAAGCUGUUCGACGGCUGGACGGAACCUUUCGCCAUCCACAUGCGGAAGUCUCUGUAUGGCUUUUUCUGGAAGCAGCUUGGCUCGCUCGAGGUGGUGUCUGGGUGCACAGUGGGGAUGCUGAAGGAUGUAUAUGACAACGAUGGCAUCCGACUGCGCCGGCGUGACUACUACACCAUGGCUGGGUUCCGCAAGUAUGAAAACGACACGGGCCACAUCCUGGUGCAGUGGUCACUUGGAAGCCCGUUCCACUUUGCAGGGUGGCAUUGUUCUUGGUGCUUCACACCUGAGGGCAUCCACCUUAAACUUGUAUCUGCCCAGAACGGCGACUUCCCCCGAUGGGGUGACUAUGAGGACAAGCGGGACCUUAAUUAUAUCCGUGAGCUGAUCCGGACUGGGGGAUGGUUCGAUGGGUCUGUGCAGGAGUACCCACCUUCAGACCCUAAAGAACACAUGUAUGCACCCAAGUACAUGUUCGACAAUUACAAACAUUACCACUACCUGCUGGAGAACCUUUAUGCUAAGAAGUCUGCGCUGAGUGGAGGGUAAAGUGGAGAUAUGUUGUGACUGUAGUUUAUUCGGAUAAUGAGGGGAAAAAGGGUCCUGGGAUGAUUUCAGGGGAGGGAGGGAAAAGACCUCUGCCUACAUCAUUUUUCCCCCUUUCUCUCUCAUUGGACCAGACCCCAAAGGUCACCCACCACCAUCCAAUCACUGGCAGAAGUGGGUUGGACCAGCCAAGGCAAUGAACGAAUCAAGCCUUUGAGGAUCCUGUGGAGAUUUUUUUUAGUUGCCGUCACCUGAAUAUACAGAAUCCUAGAGAGACUGCAUCAGCCCAUCCAUUUGUGCUGGGUUUGCUACUCUCCAACUCCUUUGAUGUGUGUGUGAGAGAGAGACAGAAAGAAAGAAAGAAGGAGAGCAUAAUAGAGAGAGUGUGUGAGUAUGAUUGAAGUUCAUGGUCUACGCUGCACUCCUAUACUUCCUGCUUGCACAUCAAAUUUUGAAAAAAAAGGAAAUGAGUCAUACAGAUUAUGCUUUUCUUAUGAGUGGAAACAAGAUUCAGUAGGACUGUUUCUCACUAGAAAACACAAUAACUGUGUAUGUGUGUCAGGGAGAAAGCUUCUGAAGAGGGUGUGCAAGGCAGCGAGUCAGAUGGGGGGAUUACUGUACAAAAAGGGAACGAGAGAGAAAAAGAGACUGUUCUAAUUUUGGUCAGAUUCCGCUGAUGCGUUAAGGUCCCCAGCUGCCGCAGGUUUGGAACAGGGGCACCAGAAAACACAGAAAGAACUGAGCAUGCUCAGAUGAACAUCUGUUUUGAUGAUAUGCAGGAGAUCAGAUAGCGUUUUUGCUCUGCUCAUGCAGAAACAAUCCAAAUCUAACAAAAUACAGCAACACUCAGCACUCUUAUUUUAAGAUUUGAAGAUGCUGGAUAGAUGCAGUAGGCCUGCCAGAGUCGUAUUUGAAAGCAGAUUGAAUUGCAGUACAGUUUAAAUUUCUCAGACCAUAGUGCCUGAGACGAGGACUGGCCAAAGGGAAUCUGACCUUCGAUCAGCUGUCUUGUUUUAAAGCAGUUGAGAAACACUUUGCUGCCGGCGCAGGGAGCGCUCAGCAGCUGUGCACGCUCUCAGUAAGGAGUCAGUUCAUACAGCAUUUCCAGGCUUGGCUCCGAUUGCCAAAGCAAGCAUGGCAUCAUGCACUCAGGGUGUGCAGGGAUGGACACUGAAAAAUGGCACUGGUUAACUUGGGGAGCAGCGCAGCAUCAGUCAGCAAGUAAUGGCUGGGUGGAUGGGGGUACAAAAACAGAAGUCUGGGGUCCCCUCCCAGAGUAGAUCUGAAUAAAUUAUGGCCGGUGAUGACGUCCUCCACAGAGGGAGACCAUUUCAGGUUAAGUGUUAGCCAUGGAUAAGAAGUAGACAUCUUCUCCAGCAUGAGACUGAAGCCCAAAGUUGACCUGUACCUGCGACUUUAAGACAAAGGAAGUGUGUCUGACUCAUUUGACAUUUUGAAGCAGUUCCCCUUUUACAAGCUUUUAUUCCAUCCAUGGCAAACAGUUGACAAGACUUCACUACAGUGUGCAAAAGAGAAAUUUUAAUUAAAUAAAAACUAAUAAGAAAAACAAAAAUCACUUAUUAAAAAACAGUUUGAGGCAAGCCCAGUGUUGUACCUGAAAAACUGUUAGGCUCGGAUUAGGUAGCAGACCUCUAAUGAGAGGUUUUAAACCUUAAACGUGUAUUUUCUGUGGUCAGCGACUUGUAACCUUAUUUUUCGGAAAUGGCACCCAUAAACCCAGUGCUAAUCAAAGAAGAAUAUAAAAAGCAGUAAGGUAAAACAGGUUUCGCAAUAAGUUGCUAACUUUCUUAGCUGCACUUUCCAAAGAGCUCAAGGUCCUUGCAGUUGAAAGUUCCAUAUUAAUAAUAUCCACAAAAAAGUAAGGAUCCAUUGCCGCCAGCACAGAGAACAUGGAGGUUGCCAGCGCAUUUUUUUGCAGCUGUGAGACCAGCCAGCCAGAUUCACUUUUCAGCACAAUUUAAGUAACUUUCAGAAUCGUCAAUCAAAAGCAAAAUUUGUACUGUAUUUGGUAUGGUUUUAUUAAGAAUGUCUGAUAAUGUAAAAAAAACCUUAGUCCAAAACCUACACAGUUAAACACUCCCAGUACAUAUGUAAAAAUGUACCGUAUGUACCAUCAGAACAAAAAUUACAAAGAGGAGAUGCAGUAGGGCACAUAUGGUAGCGUCUACUGGGGGUUAAAUAGGAUCUGUGGAUAAAAUUGUAAUGAAUAAGCUGAUGGUUAGGAUUUUUAGAGGCUGAUGUGAUGAUGUUAUUCCAUAUAAUAGGCCAAUUGAUUUGACCUUGGCCACAUUUUUGCUCUUUCCCUAUAUGGUUUGUAGACCGAAAGGUUUAUAUACAGCAUGCAGCAUAAUAAGAUCAACUUUGGAUACACAACCUUUGGUUCCCAUGUUAGCAAUGAACGGUUCAUGCAAUGGGUGUAAGGGUAAAGUGCAGCCCCAAGGAACACCAUAUGCCUUCAUGGCAGCGCAAAGGCGAAUGUAGAGAAAAAAUGAGAAACCUGGUAUACUAUAAGAUGUGAGUACGUCUUGGAAUGUCCAAAGUCCCAAAUCAUUAAAGAUGUCAUCCAGAACAUAUAUUCCCUUUUGUUGCCAUUAAGGAAAGAAGAAAGGCUUAUUGUCAGGAUCAAUUUAUUUUUAGCUGUGAAAAAUUGGGGAGCAUUUCUGGUUUUAGUUAGUUUUUCCUACUACCAGCCAUGUUAGAAGUAAGUUACUAAUUAGAGGUCUCCGUUUACAUUGCUUUAUAGGAAUAUUCGAGUAGAUGAGAUCUUGUAAUCUAUGUGGAGCAACCAGACUUUCCUCAAGAGACCGCCAAGUUGUUGGAGUAUCUGAAUUGAGCCAAACUGACAAUAGACAAAGAACAAAAGGAAUAAUAAUAUAAAUUUAAAAUUAGGAAGUCCUCCAUCUGUUUAAUAACGCUAAAGAGUAGGAAGUUUAAAUUGAGGUUUCUUGCCUUUCCAUAUAUAAGCUGAGAUACUGGAGUGAAGUUGGUCCCAGAAACCUACAAGAGGAGGUAACAGAAUCAUAGAACUUAUAAAAUUAACUCUAAGAAGAAAAAAAAACAGACUGUUUCUAUUGGUCCAUUCAUCAAAGUUGCAAUUGUGCCAGAUACAAUAUCCGGUCGCAAACAAUCAUAGGCAUGUACAAAUGUUUGCCAAAACCUCUAAGAAUUUAUAGGUCGUCAUCUCUACUUCUUUGUCUCUCUCUCUCUCUCUCUGUCAUGUACACCCUGUUUAUACCUGGUUUUAGCAUCCGUCUCAAGUGACCUGAUCACAAGUGCACAGCAAGAUGUAUAGCUGUUUACAUUUGGGAUUUCUAUGAGCCACAGAUGCAUCUCCAGUGAUGACUUUUGAUCGGCUUUCGUACCAAGCACAUUUACUACACCAGUCUCUUGUUGCCAGACAACAGUGUACCCCAAAUCCUUGUUUGUGUAUGGACUACUAAUGUGGUUGUUAUAAUUGAAGCUUUGGGUGGGGAGGGGGGGAUUCAGUCAGUCAGUCAGUCAGUCAGUCAGUCAGUCAGUCUUCCCUCAUACUAUCAUCACACGAUGAAGACAUGGCAGAUGCUUAAUUGGUCCUUUUAAUCCAGCAGUAUACUUCAGAGUAUACAAAUGAUGUUUCUAUUAUCUACCCCCCCUACUAUGGUCCACUACGGUGCACUACACAAAGCCUGCUUCAGUGCUGAGACGUGCACGACUUCUUUUUAAACAGUUUGAUUUCAUUUAGGUCUUAUGUCAUUUGAUGCUUUAGCAUUCACACUACACACCUUAUGUGGUCAUAUGGGUCGCUGAAGCUGAUUCACAUUGGACCACAUGUGUGCAAAGGGCUGUCCAAUUACAUAUUUUAAUGCCAGGUGUGAAUGGGGCCCAUAGAUCAAGAUGUCUCAAACAGUAGUGCCCCCCCCUGUGUUUGCUUCAUGGGAACAUACAGAGGGUGAAGGCAGGAAGAGUGAAAGUGAAAUCAGCAAAAUGUUGGCGUUCAAAUUACGUCACAGAGGCCUGAGUAUGUGUGUCCACCUCGAAGUGAGAGAGUGAGCUCCACAGGUCAAAGGCACAUAUGAGUGCAUUUUUGAGCAUUUUUCUUUUCUUUUAACUAAAUACAGGGGAAAUCCAAGGUCACGGCUGUUUCCUGAUCCUGACUACAUGCUUCCCCUUUCUGUUAGACGUUCUCUCCACUCCCCUCCUGCGUUCCCCCUCGUGCCAGUUCCUUUAGGUCUCCCUGACUGAUGGGCCAAAAAUAACCUCUCCCCCAUGACAGGGGGAUCUAUUUCGCAAGUCUGAAAUUUGCCUUGCCUCAACAACACACACACACACACACACACACACUGAAGGAUGAUGCCGCCUGAUCGGCUCCGUGCUCAACUGGCCGUGCCAAUCUCAACUCCGCUGCACCAGGCUGGGCCGUUGUUUCCAUGGCGAUGCCCUACCCUGCCUGCAAAAGCAGCCUAUUUGAUACAAGUGGCAGGCAAAGUGAGCGAUAGAGAGAGAGAGAGAUAGAGAGAGACAGAGGAUGUCUGUUUGACGACCUGUUCCCUCAGUGCCUGUCUGAAGCAUGCAAUAUGGGCCGUGGGCCAAAUGCCUCCACCCUGUUGUAGAGAUAUUCCACCGAAUGAGUACUUUUUCGUUCCACCAUAGAUUUUCAGAGAAUAGAUGCACAGAAUCACAGUUGUGCUCAGAAAGAUCCACCCUUGAGAUAAUAUCUGGGCAGCAGUGGUCCCAUGGCAGUCCCUUUUCAUUGUUGGACAUGGUAGAUGGAUGCUGACAAAUUGGGCAGAUGUGCUACAGUCAGUAAGUGUAAACUUCCAAAGUGCACAUGUAUGGUAGAGGUUUCAGAUGCCUAAUGAUUGUAUCUAUACACUUGGUGUUUCUGAUUAACUGGCAAGUCAUGUAAACUGUCCUUAUUCUUUUUUGUAGUUUGGUUGAUACACAUAGUUUUGCACCCAUGUCCCUGUGUUUGUUUGUAACCUUAUUAACCAUUUACCCUAUUAAAGAAUGAGGGAAAAAAUACACAAACAAAAAAGUGCACCAUACUUCUCUAUACUUGUAUUUAAACUCUGCAAGUAUUUGAGGAAGUUUUUUUUCAUUGUUAAGUUUACGGGGAACAACUGAGCUGUCCUAUUGGUUAGGACUUCAGGAGCUUGACAGAAGGCCUUACACUGCACGUUAACUACUAGCAUAAUUAAGUGACACAGGAGUCAACCAAUCACAUCUUAAAUUUUCAGUGGGUGGUACCAGAAUUUGGAGAGAGGAAGAAGGAGGGGGGGGAGAAAAAAAAACAAAAACAAAAAAAAAACACACCAUUCUAGGCCUUCUUGAAAUUCUAGACGUCA